AUGGCCCACGAGCAACCCCAUGAGCAACCGACGGUCGGCAAGGCCUCUCAGGACCACAAACACGCCGUCUCGUACGAUCGCGCGGAAACGAGGGCCGGGCUGGAUCUUGCCGAAGCGUCAUCUCUAUACUCGGAGCGCAGCACCAAGUCUGUCGUCGGCAAUACCGACGUUGGACAAGGGGAUUUCCCGGACAGCACCGUCGUCACGCCCUCGCACUCAAAUGUGAGCCUGGGGGCCAAUUUGACGCCAUCACGCUCAGCCCUCAUCUCCCCGGCUCUGGAGCGGCCCGUCCUCGAGUAUAGCCCAGUAUCGAUUUCGUCAUUUUCUACGACAACCCGCUUUACGAGCCCCCCCGGCCCGGCUGCGUCUCGCGGACCACCGCCUACGCCGGCGCGCCAGCGGCUCCUUGCGGCCAGCGGCGACGGCGAUCAUGGCCAAACGAGUGGCGAGCGUCUUCAGCAUGCCAGACUGACUUAUAGCACGAGUUCGAACCGUGCCGGCGACUCAGGGCCCAAUGACACACCCAUGGUCGAACUUCGGCCAGCGCCGCUCAGGGUUCAAAGGCAGAGGCGGCCGCCGAAGCCCCAGGAGGCGGAGAGAUGCUCGCGCAUGUGGCAGGGCCUGUCCGAUGAGAUUGGUGAAAAGAUGGCCGAGCUAGGCCAACUGGGCGAGGACCCAAGACUGGAUGACGAGUUGCUCGAGAGGAGUGCCCUGGGUGGCCCGCUGACGCCCUCGGUGACAACAAAGGUACGGCAUAUGAGCCUGGAUGGAAUUGCUGGACUAGCCAAAGACGAUCCUGGAUCCCGGGUUACUAAACCACUGCAGCCCAGUCUGCAGCGUACCGCGUCGGCCAUCCUCGUGCCCGGUCUUCCUGCUCCAGUCACUCCCCAGGCGCCUCCAUUCACCAUAGCAGACAGCCAGGAGCCCUCGGGCUUCACGCCGCGACGCCGCAGGACCGGCGCCGUUCAUGCAGCCCUCCCGGACUCGCCCACGCUGCCCAGCAAAGGGCCUUACUUUGGCGGUGGCCCAGAGACGUUCUUGCCGAGACCAAAGGCCCAGCAGGCUCGCCACGGCAAGGAAAGUUAUGGGAUGGCUCCCUCGGGCUCCGCGGCCUAUGCUUCGUUGAGCAAGGCCCAGCCUCUGGACAGCAUGGGCAAGACCCCGGUGCACAGGCCAAACUGGGGAGUGCCCAGCACCGGACCCAGCAUGCCAGGCGGCCAGGCUCCGCAGAGCAUGCUGGAAUCAAAGUACAGCAGCUUCGCCCUCGACAAGUCCAAGGAUCGGGACUCGGUCACUAUCCUGCCCAAGCUCGGGGCAAAGGCUCCUCCACCCCCCUGUGACGACGACCAGGGCCGCGGCCGCAGUCAGAUAACGCAGCAAGGCGCAUCCCGAAGCUACUUUGACCAUUCGCCAGACGCGAAGCCUCGCCUCGCCACGCACAGGGACAAGGCCAAGGCCCUCUUCCACGCUUCGGCACCGCUUGCCUUUCAGCGCCUCAGUACUACAGCCCGGCUCGCCUCAGCCGUCGGCCGACGCGACGCAGCCGGCAAGCAGGAGACUUCUUUGCCUCCCGCGGACAGCGAGCCCAAACCAGUGCGGACUCCGUCGUCAACGUUUGGUCACUUUUUCCGCAAAUACAGCCGCACCAAGUCUGACCACGAAAGCCCAGCGUUUGGACGGUCUCCCCCAGAAACCUCGCCUCCCUUGAUAUCGCCAUCUUCUUUCCCGCCGCCACCCUCGGAGGCCGGGGCGUCAUUUGGCGGUGCCACGCCUUUGCAGCUGGGCCAGGGGGCCUAUUCGCCAUGGACUUCUGGAACUGCCGGUACCAGGCGAAUGCCAAAUACUGCAACGGAUACACUGCGCCAAGGUGUCAAGCAGGGAUAUCCGUCAGGUCAUGCCAGGCCCUCUGGCGGCGACGACGGCUCCCACAAGAGCAUUGGCAACGUUGGCAGCCCGUCUGGACUCGCCAAUCCGGCGUCUUCAGCAAAUCGAUCGAGCGCGGCAAGCCUGGUGGGCCUCCAAAGCAUCAUCGACGAAGUGUCGCGGCCAUGGCCACCAUCAGCGCCGCCCGUGCCAUCCUUGCCCUCAACGGUGGGCGGGCCGGAAGAAUCGCCAUUCGAGGCGGCUUACAAGAUGAAAAAGCCGCUCGGGCUUCGAGUCGACCUAGGGACUGAGAAGAAGAAGCCGCAGGCGUCAGACGACAAAGAGUGA